AUGCCAGAAAACGAAAGUUCAGAUGCUCAGAUGAACUAUCAGGAUCCUUUGUUCUUAUCUCACUCCGAUAAUCAUGCUGCAUCUUUGACUCCAAUGCUCUUUGAUGGCAACAACUUCUUGAUUUGGAGCAGGAAUGUAAAGCUAGCUCUUGGAGCUAAGAACAAAAAAGGAUUCAUUGAAGGAAAAAUCUCCAAACCAGCAGCUGGGCACAAGGAUUUUAACAAAUGGGAGAGGAAUGAUUAUAUGGUGAGGUGCUGGAUAUUCAGAUCUAUGACAGAUCAAGUAGCUGGUGGUCUGAGCCUUGUGGAAACUUCCAAGCAGUUGUGGGAUGAGUUGGUUGAGAGGUACUCUGAGAGUAAUAUACCUCUCCUGUAUCAACUCAAGAAGGAUCUUGGUAAACUUGAGCAAGGUGACAUGUCUGUAGGAGAAUAUUACUGUAAGCUCAAGAAGAUCUGGGAUGAAAUUUACAACAUAGAAGCAAUACCUGAAUGCACUUGUGGAAUUGUUGCUAAGUGUACAUGUAGUAUGUACAAGAAGAUGUUAGCAAUAGUUGAGACAAACAGGGUGAUUCAAUUCUUGAUGGGAUUGAAUAGAGGAUAG